CCGGCAGAUAAAGGCGGCGGCGGGCGGCCCCGGCUGACUCGGCCCCCUGGGUGCGCGUGACUGUCGCAGUUACGGUCUCCGCGGGUACCGCCGCUCUCCCACCCCGACCUGCGGCCGCGAUGCUGGCUCUACGCUGCGGCCCCCGCCUGCUCGGCCUGCUCCGGGUCCCGCGCUCCGCGCCGCUGCGCCUCCCCGCGGCCCGCGCCUGCAGCGGCGCCGGCGACCCGUCCCCUUCCUCCCGGAACCCGCUCGUGUACCUGGACGUGGGCGCCGACGGGGAGCCGCUCGGCCGCGUGGUGCUGGAGCUGAAGGCAGAUGUCGUCCCGAAGACAGCAGAGAACUUCAGAGCCCUGUGUACCGGGGAGAAGGGCUUCGGCUACAAAGGCUCCACCUUUCACAGAGUGAUUCCGUCCUUCAUGUGCCAGGCGGGCGACUUCACCAACCACAAUGGCACCGGGGGAAAGUCCAUCUACGGAAGCCGCUUUCCUGAUGAGAACUUCACACUGAAGCACGUGGGACCAGGGCGUGAACUGUCUGCUCUUUCGAAUGACUUCCCCGGUGAGCCGCCUCCUGGGGCAGCACGGCUCACUCCUGCUCAUUUCUGUAGGUGUCCUGUCCAUGGCAAAUGCAGGCCCCAACACCAACGGCUCCCAGUUCUUCAUCUGCACCAUAAAGACAGACUGGUUGGAUGGCAAGCAUGUUGUGUUUGGCCAUGUCAAAGAGGGCAUGGAUGUCGUGAAGAAAAUAGAAUCUUUCGGUUCCAGGAGUGGGAAGACGUCCAAGAAGAUCGUCAUCACAGACUGCGGCCAGUUGAGCUGAGGUGCCAUGACCAGGGCGCGAGGCUGGCGGCAGCUGCACGUGCCUGGGCUCCCCUGGGGGCCGCCUCGGGCUCCAGCAGACUUGUCUGUCCUUGUUGCACGCUGCGGUGGGGAAUGUCCGAUCUCCACGGGGCCCACCGCUCCGCUGCCCCAGUGUCCACCCUCCCUCGCCACCCCGUUUCUGGCCAUCCAUCACAGACGUGAUGCCAUCAGGCCUUACCCGUGAUCCCGCAGCCCACGUUCACCUGUGCCUUGGACAUCGGGGGUGCCGAGGGGUUAGCUUCGGGUACAGGUUUCUGCCUUUUCCUUGACCGAGGGGGAAAGGCAGCCGCUGCAAAAGGGCCGCUGUAUCUGUUGAACAUCGUUUUCUGAUUGGAAUAAUUUAAUUAACAAGAUUGACUGGAGAUGAAGCUGUGACAGCCCUCUAAGCCGUGGUAUGACCUCACUUGGUGGCAGAAGCCACAGAACCCUGGAGCUUGGCCUUUGGAACGUAAUCGGGGCUUUUGCGAAGGGUCCUCGGCCAAGGCCUUUUAUCCCAGCCACUGUGAAUCCUGUUGGUUCGCCGCCGCGGUUUCUGAGGAGAGUCCGUGAGGGGAGAAGCACAAACCCACUGCGAGCUGUGCCUAGUCGAUGAAGUCGGUGAGAGUGGAAAUGGCGUGUGCGUGCCUGGUGCUCGGGAAGACCGUCGACGUGUAUUUUCUGGAGGGCUUCGAUUUUUCUGUGUUUAACAAAUCUGAUGAUGUAUGUGAUACACCUUUGGGGCUUUUAUUUGUGUUCACUUUAAAUGUGAAAAUAAAUCCUAUUUUCU